GCCGUCUUCCCCCAACUGCCUCCAGUGCACUUGUCAACAACAUGGUUCCGUAGACGAGGCAUCGUGCGUACCGAAUCGCGUGACCAGAUGUUGCUCGCGGCAACAAACACGACGUGUCUCGCUGGCGGUGCGACGGUACCCUCGCGGUCGGCAUAGCCGCGGAUGAAAGUACGACGAUGCACACGAGUUCCUAACCUGGCGAUGAGCUCCCCAUCGCUGUGCGGAGUCAUCGCGACGUGAAUCCGUUCCCUUAGCUAGCUACGCGAAUUACGUAAAUUCCUCGUAAAAUCACCUUGCCCCUCCUCGUGUCGUGGAGAACCUCCGAAAUGGCGUGUCCAGUGGAACGGCUGAGAAUUUACUUCGUCACGUACAACGUGGCCACGAAGUUCCCGGAUCCCAGGCAGGAUCUUCAUCAGCUCCUGGGCAUCGCACCCCACGACGAAUCACAGUCAUGGCCAGAUUUAUAUUUCGUUGGUUUACAGGAAGUUAAAUCACAACCACAGAAUAUAGUGUUAGACUAUAUACUAUUCGAGGAUCCGUGGACUAAAGCCUUCAGAGACGUCCUGAAGAAGUAUGAUUAUGUAAAAAUACGUUCGCAACGAUUACAAGGUCUCGUUCUGAAUGCUUUCUGUCUGAGGAAACACUUGACGCAUUUAAGAUUGAUAGAGGCUCAGUACACCAAGACAGGUCUCGGUGGCAUGUGGGUAAGAAGACAGUGUAACAACGGCAAUCCUUCCUGUUCGACUAACGUCGUUUAUCCUCAGGGGAACAAGGGUGCAGUGAGCGUAAGAAUGAAUGCCUACGGAGUCAGCGUUUGCGUGGUGAACACGCAUUUGACUCCUCAUGACCACUUGUUAGCCAAUAGAAUAGCAGAUUAUAAUACCAUCGUGACAGAUCAUGCUUUCACUGCUUCGUUCACAUCGAGAAUAUUAUAUCACGAUUAUAUAUUUUGGAUCGGUGACUUAAACUUUCGACUGAACGGAGAAGAAUUAACUGCCGCCGAUAUAGAUUUACUGGUGAAGAAGAAUCAAUUGAACGAACUACUCGAAAGAGACCAGUUGAUGAUGGUAAUGAAGGAGCAACAAGCAUUCGCUGAACUAAAUGAAAGUAGUAUCACAUUCCCGCCUACUUACAAAUACGAGUUCGAGUCCCUGGAAUUUGAUCUCAAGCGUAGACCAUCUUGGACCGACAGGAUUUUAUAUAAAGUAAAUGCAGCAGAUAUAUACGAAGACAUAGAAAUUCACAUUGAGCAGCAUUCUUACAAGAGUCAUCCGAAUUACAGUGUUUCGGACCACAAACCUGUAACUGGAGAGUUCGAUAUUGUGGUCAGACCUAAUGUCAAAGAUCACAUUGUGGAAUUCCAAGACUGUACCGUGGAGGAAAAUUUUAUAUCUUACAAACUGCAGAGAGAUUUCAUUCCAAGCAGCGGGGACUGGAUAGGUCUCUUUCUUAACGAAUUCUCCAGUUUAGAUGACUAUAUCAUUUACGAAUACGUUAGUCGCGGUAAACCAACGUCAGUUUCUGACGAACCUCACGCAAACACGGAACGAAUAUCAUACAAUGACUCGGCACUUCGUCUGUCGGAGAUGUACUGCUUGGUGUACGUAGCUCAACGAGGAGAUCUUAUGGAGAUUUUGGGCGUGAGCCCGGAAUUUUCGGGCCCUCGUAGAUCCGCCGAGCAAUGCGUUUUAUCUACAUAAAUUUUAUAUAGCGAAAAAUCAAUUCACUUAAAAGAACGCUUACGAUGUGAUCGAUAAUAGUUUUACCGAGAGGUUAGAUAGAUCAAGCUUCGUGCAAUUUUCUAGAUGGGCGAAUUUUUCGACUCGAUUCUUUUUUACGAUCUUAUUACCACAAUCUUUCACGGGGAAAUAAAGUUGUAGGGAUUGAAAUAGGUUCACUGCUCUAAGUUGUGUGAGUAGAAAAGUUAAGUGAUUCAAUACGGCCUUUAAUCAGUGGGUGCUUUUGGUACGGUGUGGUAAGUUUAUAAAUUAAAAACAUCGCCGAAAACGAUGUCUCGUGUUAAGAGUUAGUUGUUACUUUUGGUACCUGGUUUUUGCGCUCUCAGGGUGCGUCGCGGCACUGCCGCUUAGAAUGCGUCGCGGCGUUUUUAAUCGUCCGCUUUAGAGCUUGCAGUGGGUGCACCGUCACGGUUUCUCUACACGUGGAAGUUUCCCCGAUCCAUUAACGCCCAUUGUUAUUAGAGAAUAGGAUGGAAAUGUAAUUUUGUCCUGCCUACGUUAAUGGAUUAUGUACGAGUGCGCUCACGUUGUACAUCAUGAAUAUAUUUCCUUAGCAUAAUUUUUAGCGGAGAAUUUUAAUUCUAAUAAGAUACGCUCGCAAAAAAAUUCAUAUUUGUUAUAUAUAAUAUAUAUAUAUAUAGUGUGCCGUCAGAACAAAUUAAACGAUCAAAUGUACACUGUGGUUUUAAAGGGAAAUCAAGAAUAGAGAAUAUUAAUAUUUUU